AUGAAAAAAAAUCCAUCGGGCCUAUUUGAAGACGGCAUCGAACAUCUAGUUAACCAGAUAUCUGCCACCACCAACACAAGUACUAUUCCUGCUGUAACCAUAAACGAAGUAAACGAUCAGUCAAAAACCGAUGCAGAAAUUCAAAUGAUCAAGAAAUGCUUAGACGAUGACAAGUUCUGGGAAUCUGAAAAAGUAAUACAAGCUUACAAACCGUUCAAAACAGAAUAUUGUUUUCAUGAAAAUAUACUUCUACGGGGCACCAAAAUUGUAAUGCCAACGGCCUUACGUAGCAAAGUAUUGUCACUAAGUCAUGAAGGACACCCAGGAAGAGAUAAUAUGAAACGCUUACUACGAGCCUAUGCAUGGUGGCCAAAAAUAGACGUUGAUGUCACCGAAUAUGUAAAACAGUGCCAUGGGUGUGCUUUAGUCACCGUAACGAACAUACCGGAACCCCUUAAGAUGAGAAGUUUCCCUACUACCCCCUGGAAUGAUAUAGCCAUCGACUUCUGUGGGCCAAUGCCUAAUAAUAUCUACCUGUUAGUAAUCAUUGACUAUUAUAGUCGAUUCAAAGAAGUGAUUGCCAUGGAAAAAAUCACCUCGAGGAUACACAAUAGAACAACUUCGGAAGUUGUUUUCUCUCCUAGGACUACCUAA